AUGCUUCUUGCUCAAUUAAUAUCCGAAGAAAAAGUUAUAGAAAAUAAAAAAACAGAUGCAGUGGAUCUAAAAAUCAAGAAUGAAGCUUGGGAAAGAGUUACCAGAAGAUAUUACUGCCAAGGAUUUACACCUCGUACCAGCAAACAACUAAAAAAAUGCUGGGAUAAUAUGAAACAAAAAAAAAAAAAGUUAAAUACUUUGAUAAAAGCUCAACGUCUUAUGACGGGUGGAGGCGUUUCGCCAGCAGUACCCGUUGAUCCAGUCAUGGACUUUAUGGAU